AUGGAAAAGGAUGGCUCUAACAUGUUUUCUUCCAUAAUAUUGGAUGGAGAUCAACAUGGUUAUUCUGCUGAAUCCUGUACAGUCGAGAAGAAGCUCAAAUUAUUUGGAUUCGAGCUGAAUCCAUAUAAGAAUAACGAGAGUAGCAUGAAAGGGUGUACGGAAGGAGAUCAUGAGAGUGUGAAUUCGUCAAAUACUGUACUGUCAUCUGAAAGGGAAAAACCUGUCAAGGUGAAAAGCUCUAGUACUGGUCAUCAUGAGACUGCAGACGAUAAGAAGUUUGAGUGCCAGUAUUGUUUCAAGGAGUUUGCGAAUUCACAGGCAUUGGGGGGUCAUCAAAAUGCCCAUAAGAAAGAAAGAAUGAAGAAGAAGAGACUGCAACUUCAAGCUAGGAAGGCGAGCCUCAGCUGUUACCUUCAACCUUGGCAAAAUAACCUCAGUAAUUACAAUUAUCCAUAUGGCUCAACUACUACUCCAUGGUUCUUCGAUCCCUCAUGCUCUACUACUCCCGAUCAGUUCACGCUCUAUGAGGAGUCUCAGAUUAGUUUCAAUCCAUACGAAGAUUCCCACCUUAAUGAUUCUCAGGUAUCAAAGUGGUAUGGUGUUCCAGCUCAGGUCUCUUUCCAACAAGAUACUCAUAACAAGUUCACUUUCACGCAUGCUGAGAGAUCCAGAGAGAAGCCUCCUUCUUUGCUUGCUUCCAAGAAAACCUGUAAAUCUGUGGAUCUUAAGUUAGGCCUCAGCUUGCAAUCAACUAUUCAAAGCUCCUCCAGAACUGGGAUAUAA